AUGGGCAUUACUGGAGUUUGGUACCGGGUCAUUGGGGACAUGGUGGUGCAAGCAUUAGGCGGUGGCGGCUCGCAAUCAAGCUCGAUGGAGCUUGAUCACAACCCUGGAGGUCCAGUGCUAGAUGACUUGGUGGGCGGGGCUCUGAGGGCUGUGUUUGGGAUGGACAGUAAUGGAAGAAUAAAGAAGGAGAAAGCAAGGUUGGUUGUGGAGAAGCUAGGCCUAAUGCACAAUGAGGAAGGAGACUGCAGCUUUGACUUGCCUAGUGGCUCCAAAGGGGAUGAGUUGCAGGUGGAGGAAGUGCUCAGUGGGAUGAAGGACGAGGCGGAGCGGGUCGAGCUGCUAAGAGAAGCCUUCAGAGUUUUUGACAAGGAUGGAGAUGGAUACAUAGAAGCCAUGGAGUUGAAGAGGGUGCUUGAAUGUUUGGGGUUGGAUAAAGGAUGGGGCAUGGAGGAGAUUGAGAAGAUGGUUCAGGUUGUGGAUUUGAACCUGGAUGGAAAGGUUGAUUUCAGUGAGUUUGAAUUGAUGAUGGGGUGA